AUUGGGCCAGCGCUGCUCUAAGCAUGAGUGGGUGGCAUAGAGCAGCAGGCAGGGAUCGGGAGAGCAGCGCUGACCUGAGGCUCAUGCGAGCCUUCACAGAGCGGGACAGGGGACCUGCCAGCAUCCAGGAGGACCAGGACCAUGCGGGAUGCUCUCGGGAGCAGGAGGGAUCCGGGAGCGAGCUGACCCUCGCCUGCAGGAAUUGGCUUCCCACCUGCUCCCAGCCUCGAGGAAGCAUCCCAUCCAUCCGGGGUGUUGUGAGGAGAAAGGCAGGAGGUGGCUCGGAGCCCUGGUGUGUGAGGGCGGGCAGGGGGACAGCAGGCUUCUCCUCUUGCCUUCCCUGGAGAUUUGGGAUCGCGCAGAGACCAUGAAUGGAUCCUUUUUCAACCAGACCCUCCUAGAGCAGGGAGCUUACCCCAACAGGACCCAGGGCUUGGGGAUGCUCAUGGCCUGCUGCAAUGGGACCAGCUCGGUGCUGGCGACCGGUGGCAGCUCUUCGGUGCUGGCACCUGAUGAGAGGAGCCUUUACAUCACACGGGUGGUGCAGAUCGCGGUCCUCUGCGUCCUCUCCUUGACUGUCAUGUUCGGCAUCUUCUUUUUGGGCUGCAACUUGCUCAUCAAGUCCGAGAGCAUGAUUAACUUCCUGGUGAAGGACCGGAGACCUUCCAAGGAUGUGGGAGCUGCAAUCAUGGGACUUUACUAAAGCCACCGGGCUUUUGUAGGCAAGUGAACUCUAUGGACCUGGUGCCAAGAUGCACAUUCCCAUGUGUUUGGGGGGAGCGGAAAAGGGGGAGACAGGGGUCUUUUAAUAUGUCUGUGUCUAUGGGCAAGCCAAUCUGUGCUUCCCAGUCAACAAACUGUCCUGGUGACUGGGGAGAUCACCCCAGAGCUGUCUGAAGCACAAUAAAUGAGCAGCGUUGUGUUGCAUGCAGAAAUGGCUUAAGUUUUGCAUGAAACUUGCAGAAGCAGUGAUAACGUGCAGAUCUGGACUCUUUUCUGCUGUUACCUUGGAUACUGCUACCUGGGAUUUAGGGCUAAGAAAAAAAAAACAACAAAAAAAAAAGGCAAAAAAAAAAAAAGGGAAAUUACUACAAAAAGAAACCAAAAAGAACAAAGUGAAGGGAAAGCAACGUGCAUGGCAUGGACCGCGGCUUGGACCAUGGGGCAGGGGCAGGGAAGUGAUGUGUAGGUUGGACAACAAAGUCUGCACGCUCCAAAAUGUGCCGGUCUGUUUCUAUGUGGGACCUCAAGCAUGCAUCUUCUGGUAGAGUUUUGUCAUGGGGAAAGCAUGUUCUUCCUUAUUUUCCUGAGCUAUCCUGUUAAAUGAAGUGGUCCUUUCUUCUUUAGCACUAUGCCGAAGGAAGAAAAGAACCCACUCCAACCCCAAAACAAAAGCAUGCUCGGUUUUGUACACAACAGCCUUUUCUCAAGUGUUCUAUUGUUACCGUCCUUGAGGUUUUUUGUAGUCUUUUUGGAAGCUGGUGAACAUUCGGGAAUCAAAAAGAACCUGUUUGAAAUG